AUGGAGCUGGAGCUGGCACCCGGCCGAACGAGGGACGUUAUGCAGCGAUCUGCAAGGCAAUGUUUGAAAGUUGGGGGUUCCCUGGCUGGUAUCCGGUUCUCUGGGAAAAAGAGGCGUAGACACACUCUGGACGAGAUGCAGCCGACAGAUGAUGGGUGUGGACGUCGAAUGCCUACGUGGGUGUGCCAAAGCGAGUGUGAGUGGGCGAUUGUCUCUCGAAGUGGAGGGUGGGCUUGUGCUUGUGUGGGAGCUGAUGAUGGAUGA